CGAUUUGGUGUCGUCAUUAUGUUUAUUUAUAAAUGCCGAUUUCGUAGAUAUACUUGCUGUACGAAAGCGACGACGUCAUGUCCCAAAAAUAGAUGGCACCUUGCGUGCGAGACGGUGUUCUUCUAGUGGAUCAUAAUGUCAUCAUUCUGUUCGGUCCGUUAUAUACGCUAACGACUUGAGAUGCCAAUUGAAUGAUUUAUGAUCGUCGCCAAAUUGAUUACUCCGUUCUGAAUGGGAGCGUUUGUGCUCCCAAGGGAGCGUGUUCCUUCAUUCAAGAAAUUCGAUAGGGAAAUCACCGACUAUGAAUAUAUACGCUUUUCACGGUUGGUUAACCGUUUCACUUGUCUGUAUCUCUGUUGGGUUAUGACGAACAUUUUCUUGCUUGAUUGAUUUUAGCAUUUGAUGCAAUAACAUUGUAUUUUGAAUACAAUAAUAAUAUUAUUCCGUAGAUCGUAGUAGCUGGAAGCAGGUGAGUAGUUCAAUAUUUAUAUUUAAAAAUUACCGAAUUAUGAAUACGUAAAUAAAUGCUGUCAAUGUUUCAAAGCGAAAUGCUUUUCCGUCUCAAUUAUCGCUGGCGUCAGUGAUCCAACCGACAGAUGUUUUCGCCUUUCUUCAGUGGCGUAUUUGGGUGGGAUCCAUCGAAGUUGUUCCGCUGCACUAUAUCCUAAAUACACCAGAAGUUUAAAGCUAACGACCGUCAUCAGGAAGCCGUACGCAAAUCGCUUCUUUCUUUUAUCAGAAAUAAAAGUAAUCACUUUCUGUCGGGUCACGAGAAAAUUGCGUCGUUUGUUUAUGGUUUCGCUCUCUGGCCUAUAGAUGGCACAUGGGGAAUAAGCCGUUGUCUUCAAAUCAAGAGUGUCUAUCGGUGAAGAAAGAAGAAAUUCGCGACAUAGCGGCAGCAUCGUUUGCGAGUCUCGGUGGAGUAGUGUUUGAUGAAGAAAGAAGACAUUUUAUUUCAUUUGAAUAAAAGCAGAGGGUUCCGUGUGUGUUAAGUGCUGGUGUUUAUUUUCGAAAUUUCAGUUUGUGAUUAAAAAAUCAGAGCGCUGAAAUUUUUUGUCAGAAGAGUCAAAUCAAUCGUGUGUUCUGUGUAGCGAAAAAAAAAAUGAGUGAAUCAAGUGGUGUUGCUCCAUCGAAUGGAGACUCAAGCACAAACGGUGGUCCGGAAUCGAAACCACCGGCAUCCAGCGGCAUACAGGCGCCCAAGAUGGUACGCUCGAUACCGAAACCAUCCGGUAUCAAGCCACCGUCGAUGUCGCUCAGUUCUUCGACCACAUCUUUGGCAAGCACCAGUUCAACGGCACCGGCGGUCUCGACGCCGGCAGGACCUUCCGCCAGUCGGAUAGGCCGCCCAUGCAUGGGACAUCACGCACCGAAGGCCGGUCCACCACCGCCAGAACCGAAAAACGAUUUUUCGGAUACAGCCUCGAGCAUUCUGAGCAGGAUGAGACGGCCAAGCGAUACCGACUACAGCAAGUCGCACUUGCCAGAUGUAUUCGAAGAAAGCGAAACCGACCUGGCGAACGAACGAGCAUCGAGAUCGUCGAGAUCACCGGACUCCGGAUUCAGGAGCAAUCGAACGUCCCAGGACCGUAAGACUUCAACUGCCUCGACCACCGGUUCGGAUCUCUACUGGGAAGCAACCGGACGACGUAGAAGUUCAGAUCAAGGUGUUGUCCUGACAACCGAUACGGACAGCUUCAUCAUUGGCCAGCGAGUUUGGGUCGGAGGACUACGGCCGGGACACAUCGCGUACAUCGGUGAAACACACUUUGCCCCCGGUGAUUGGGCCGGCGUGGUGCUCGACGAACCGAAUGGGAAAAACGAUGGAUCCGUUUCCGGGAAGAGGUACUUUCAGUGUGAACCCAAGAAGGGCGUAUUCUCCAGACUGACGAGACUGACGCGGGAUCCGAUGCCGGGAGCCGGUGGAUCCAUUGCGGGGGACACUUCGAUGGAUGUGAGCCUCCGUUCGUUGACUUCACCGACUCGGUCCGGAGCGGUAUCGCCCUCGUACAGUGUGUCCAGUUAUGCUUCGAAAUCACCGGCCGCUAGUAAGGCAGCAACCCUAAUAGUCGGAGAACGCGUAAUCGUAUCGUCUGGAUUUGGAUCGCGUCCUGGCAUUUUGAAGUACCUCGGUGAGACUCAGUUUGCCAGUGGAACCUGGUGUGGAGUUCAGCUAGACGAGGCUAGUGGCAAAAACGAUGGCUCCGUAGAUGACGUGAGAUACUUUGAUUGCCCAGACAAAUACGGUAUAUUCGUCCCGAUUGCCAAGGUCACACUGUCACCCUCUUCCCGGAAGGCGCGCCUGUCCCGGUCUGGCUCGAAGGAAUCACUUACGUCGGUGGGAACGAUUAGCUCAAUCGCAACCACGGCCACCUCCAGACUCCGCAUGAGCGCACAGAGGAAAUCAUCGGUCAGCGCAGUGCCUUCGACGCCGAAAUCUUCCUUCUCGCUACAGGACGUCCUCCGGGAGAAGCAGAACCACAUCGAACAGCUGAUGCGAGAGCGGGAAAUUGAUCGGGAGGAAAUUGCCAGCCAGACAAUCAUGUACCAAAAGAACGUGCAACAGUUUAAAGACAAGCUUGCCAAAGUGGAAACGCAGCUGACCGAGGAAAAGCGCCGCAACGAGGAUCUGCAGUUCAGCGUCGACGAGGUGACCUUCUGCGGGGAAGAGCUUAACGCACAAACUCAAAUAUUCAAGGAACGGAUAGCCGAUCUCGAGAAGCAACUGGGUGAAAAUGGAACCAUUUCACGAGCCGAACCGGACCUUCCGGCCAAGGAUACAGUGGAUGUCACGUCCCAGCUGAAGCUCGAAAUCGACAAGCUCAAAGCGGAGAUCCUCCAGCGAGACCAGAAGCUUCACCUGACUGAGGAGCUCAAGCAAUCCUUGGAGAAUGAAAUCUCGAAGCUGCACGAACGGUUGGCCGAGACGGAGAAGAAUCUGGACAUUAAGGACUCGAGCUACAACAUCAGCGAGCAGUGUCUGAAAGAGAAGAUUGCCUACCUGGAAGACCGGAUCGAUGGGCUGGGUGUGGAGCUGACGGCCAAGGAUGCGGAGCUCGAGAAGCAAUACCUGGAGCUGAAGAAUGCCGAGGGGCAGCUGGAUGAAGAGGUGUCUCAGCUGCAAAGUAACUUGCGCAGCAAGGAAGAGCUGGUCAGUGAGAAGGAGAAACACAUCACGAAGCUGACGGGUGAAAUUCAGGGACUGCUAAAUGACAUCAGGCAACGGGAUGUAAAGUUGCUGGAAGGAGAGAGUGGUUUGAAAGCGGUGUUGGAGGAAAAGGACGGGGCAAUUGGAAAGCUUAAGAAAGAAUUGGAUGAGCUGAAGUUGACCGAAGUGAGUGCGAAAGAGGCGGUUGAUGAAAGGAACAGGAAGCUUGCUGAUCUCAACAGCAGAAUCGUAGAGAGUGAAGAGCUCGUGAGAAAGCUAGAAGAGAGUCUAAAAGAUUCGAAGAAGAGCGAGCAAACACUCGAAGAAGCGAUUAAGGGUAGAGAAAAGCAGUUGGAAGAGAAGCAAUCUCUGCUGGCUAAGAUCCAGGAUGAUCUGAAGAACAGGUCGGCGGGAAGUGAACAGCAGUCGGUAUUGCUGCGAUCGAAAGAAACCGAAUUGGAACAGAAGCAACACGAAGUUGAGGAAAAGCAGUACCAGAUCACAAGCUUGGAGACUACCGUUGCUGAGUUGUCCAAGAAGCUGGAAGACACCAUCGAAGACAAGGAAGCACGCCUUGCAGAGCAGCGAGCGAGCUUGGAGUUUGAAACGAAAUCCAAGGAGGAUUUGCUCAAAAAGCUUACCAACUAUGAGACUGAACAUCUUGCCAAAGACAAGCAGCUGGAGGAGAACGAAGUGCUCAUCAGUGCGCUUCAGGGUGAACUGAAGGAACUCAACGUGGCCAAAGCAAAUGUCGCACAAGAGCUGGAGGAUACUACGAAGCGGUUUGCCGACCGGGACGGCACCUUAGGUAAACUCAAUGAAGAGCGAAUGCACUUGAGUGAGCAGCUGGACAAGCUGAAGAAGGAAUCAGCUUCGGCAAUUACCCUACUCGAGGAGAGGCUUAAAAACGCACAAAAGAUGCACGAGGAAGAUGUGCAGAAGACUCAGGAAGCACACGAAAAAGACUUGGGCUCAAAGGAUGCCCUCGCUGCCGAAUUGGAAACUUCCUUGGACAAAAUGCGCCAGGAGAAGGAAGCCUUACUGCUUCAGCUGAAUCAGUCCGGCGCGACGCAGAAGACAACGAGCGACGAACUCGUCGCUAAGCUCAACGAAAACCAAGAACUGAGUAAGCAAAUCGAAUCGCUCAAAACGCAGCUUAAUAGCAAGACCGAGAAUGUCGACAAACUGAAUCAGUCCCUGUCUAGCAGCUGUGGUAAGCUGGAGAACGCCGAAAAGAAGCUGAUCGAUCUGCAGGAGGCAUUCGGUAAACUCGAGAUCGAGCAUGCGGAUCUCAAGCGUAAGUUGGAAGCUCAGGAGCAAAAAUCGUCGCAGCUUCAGCAGCAAAAGACCGAUUUGGAAAGCGAAAUCGACUCGCUGCGGUCGACGACCUUGGACUCCAAUUCGGAGCUUUCCAAAGCAUCCGAUGAACUGAAGACGAAGCAGAAACUGCUAGACGAACUGCAAGAUGCGUUCAAUGGCAGUAAAAUUGAUAUGCAACGAAGACUGGACGAGGCGAACCAGGUGACCCAGGGACUAAGCGAACAGAUUGAGCGGUUGAGAAACGAAAUGCAGCAGAUUUCCAGUCAGAAGAUCGAUCGGGAGAAUGAGUUGAACGUGGAACUAGCCAAGAUCAAGGAGACGGCCGAGGUGGAGAAAGAGAACUUGGUGCGCGAGAUUGCCGGGCUGAAGGCUAGUUUUGAGGAGGAGAAGAAUCGCUUGAUGCGGGAGGCGGAAUCGAAGGCGGAGGAAUUUGAGAAGAUGAAAGGAGAGUUGGAAAGUGAUGUUGUGCUUCAGCAGAAAUUGGUCAGCAAUUUGGAAGGUGAACUGGCGAAGAGUAGGGAACAUGCGGCGAAGGAACGUGAGGAAGCUGAGGCAAAACUGAACGAGCAGGCGGAGAAGGAAGCGGCGCUGAGAAAACAGUUUGAAGAAUUGACGACAGAGGAAAGUUCUCUGCGUGCAUCGCUUGACGAAUUGAGACAGUCGAUGGAGAAGAGAAGUCACGAUUCUUCGGCACAGCUGGAUGCUAAGAAUUCGAAAAUUUCCGAAUUGGAAAAAGAACUGCGAUCGGUUCAGGAGGAGAUGGCAAAGAAGCAAGAGCAAUUCGCCGAUUCUACGAAGCAACUGGAACAGAAUGCAGAAACGCAUUCGGAGCUGUUGAAGCAGCUUGGGGACUAUCUCAGUCAGAUUCAGGAGUUGAGCAGCGAGAAGGGACGGGUUGAGACGUCGUUCAAGGAGAUUAGUGGAGAGCUGGCGUCGCUCAAGGAAAAGUAUGAUGAAAUGGAAGAGGAACAGGUGGAUUUGGUCAGCAGAAAAGAGGGGCUCAAGGAAGAAGUUAAGCAACUUAAGGAGUCGCUGGAACUUGUCGAGAAGGAAAGAAGCGAGUAUCAGUCACAGCUGGAGACGAUGAAUCAAGGCUCGGCAAAUAUUGCAGAAGAACUAAAGGCAGUAAAGAGUCAACUAGAGCAGGAAACGGGUCGCUUGAACGAGUUAGUCGGGGAGAAAGAUAAGGCGAUUGAAGAAUUUAAGUCGAAGAUUGAUGAGCUGUCGCCGUUGGUAAAACUCACCGAGGAUCUUCAUCAGCAAGUUCGUUCGAAGGAGUCACUGGUUGAGCAGCAAAAGGAAGAAGCCCAGAAACGAUUGGCCGAGGUGGAUAGUCUUCAGAAUACGAUCAAAGAAAGUGAAUCCAGCUUGCAGGAGAAGGAAGCUGAGUUGAAGCAGGUUCGAGAAGAUUUGUCACAGAAGCAAGAUGAGAUACGGCAGUUAGUAGGUAAACUUGAAUCUACGGAGAAGUGCCUUAAUGAAAGGAGUGAGCAAGUGGAAAAGACGGCAGCUACUGCAACUGGUUUGAGAGAAAAACUGGAUGAAUCCAAGGCAGCUGCCAAGGAGCAAGAGGAUAAGCUGAAGGAACAAAACAGGAAGAUCAACGAGCUGGAGACGAAACUGACCGCCCAGAGUACACAAUUUGAAGAGCUUUUGAACAAGAAGAAAACUUCGGAGACGGAAAGUUCUCACAAGCUGCAUGAAAUGAACCAGAAACUACUGGAAAUUGAAAGUAUUAAACAACAGGAAAUUUCUGAGCUGAGCACCAAGCUAGCGGAGACAAUGAACCGGUUCGAAACACAGAUGGUGGAAUCGGCCAAGACGGUCGGAAGCAUGCGAUCCGUUGAGAAACGGCAGCAUGAACUGGAAUGCGAGAAAAAGGAUAUGGAGCUACGGGAAACCGAAAUGCAGAUCUCGAAUCGAAAACUACAGAGGGAGGUUGAACUGCUGAGGUCGCAGAUCCUGUCGAAGGACAGUGACAUUCGGAAACUGUCACAAGAAGUGGCGAAUGCUGCUUCGAUGACGACGACAACUGCCGCUCUGGUAACGGGCGGCGAAGCGGACGAAGAUGUUGGAGCACAGAUCAACUUCCUCAAUUCGAUCAUUGCCGACAUGCAGCGGAAGAACGAUAAGCUGACCCUGCGGAUUCAGGCUCUGGAACAAACCAGCAUUGAAGGUUCGAACAACACGAGCUUCGAAUUCAGCAAGCGGAAACCGGCCCCGAGGGUAUUCUGCGAUAUUUGCGACGAGUUUGAUCUGCACGAAACGGAAGACUGUCCGAAGCAGUGCUCCGACAGUCCACCGGAAUCACUGAAGCACCCGUCGGCGGAACCAAGGGAGCGCAAGAUACCGGCACCGCGGAAGUACUGUGAAGGAUGUGAAGUGUUUGACCACGAGUUGGGUGAAUGUCCCGAUGACGAGACGUACUAGGUGAGACCGCAGGGAAGGAGAAGCGAAUGCGCAUGCUUUGAAAAUAGCUCUUCAAUGCAACACUAAUUUAUUAUUCUCAAUUGCUAUUAGCACGACAGCGGACUAACUCUACAUUUGUGGUAGAUCAGUUGUAAAACAGUUAUCGUUCUCAUUGUUUUAGGAUCAAAGCAAUAGUUUUCAAAUUUACAACAAACUAUUUAUUUUAAUGUGUAGUGUAGCGUUAAAGUCCAAGCGACGAAAAAAGCCAAAUAGCAGAUCGGCGAAAGAACAAUAACAACCUACAAAAAUGCAUAAAAAUCAAAGAAAUUCACAGUAGAUUUCCCUAUCAGUGUGAAUUUUUUUUUUUGACUUGUCUUUAUUUCUGUUAUAUUUAAAUAUAGGUACACAUACUAUUAUCGAUAGUCGAGUUUAGAUAGGGAAACAAUACAAAAUACUUUUAAAAUUACA